UGCGUGUUUCUAGCCUGCCCUGCCCUGCCUCGGUUUCAAAAAAAUAAAAAAAAAACGUAUCCUUAAUUUACACCGCCUCUUGGAGAAAUACCUCACACACAUGCUUUCUCACCAACUAGAGGGUCGAGUGCAGGGCCUAAACAUUUCUUAUCGCUGUAAACAAAGCCUAUCAGACCACAUAAAUCUAAGCCUUCAGUUCCGUCAGUUUGACUUCCAGGUGUGAGAGAGCCUGCAACCCUUUUUUUGGCGGGGGCGAGAGAGCCUGCAACUUACACCAACUUGUACUGUUGCAUAUACUAGAUGUUGAGUUUUUUUUUCCUGUGGCAUGGUAAUGGUUCGGGUUAAUAGUACAUGAACGGAAGCCCAGCCAAUUCUAACUCGUAGACGAGACCAAUUCCCGCUCCGAUUUGGACGUGAUUGCUUCAUGUGAAGUAAACACGUUCUAUUUUACUCUUCUUGUAUCUGGCGGGGAACACAUUUCUACUACUCGAAUGACAUGUAUAGGAUUGUGCGCAUGUUUUCCACGGGUGUUGUCGGAAAAUUAGACGCCAUCUUAACCAUUCCGCGGACAUGCCUUUGUUUUCUCUUCGGAUAUGAAAUUUCUUAGCCGCUGCUGAAAUUUGUCUUGGUCCACCGAGGACCUUUUUUUUGCGACCGAGUAGUUGGCCAACUAGAAUCCUGAGAAAUCCAUGACACCUCCACAAUAUCUCCAUCUUCUUCGUCUCAUCCAGUUCCGACUUUAGCGGUGAUGAUACAUCUGGUUGCAGAGCCAUGCGGCUCUAGGACUGGAUGCGACGCGUGGGCACGUCGCAAGUGGUGAGGUAUGAGGAGAAAGUGAGGUGGGCUUCAAUGAGGAGGUUAAACAGGAGUAGGGGCUCCUCGGUGAGGGCGUGGGAGAGAGGAGAAGGAGUUGCGACCAGUGUCAGAGCUUCAUGAGGGCCAUACAAGGCCCCCCCUCCCACCCAAGAAAUGGGCCCAAGCUCCGCAACUAGGUAUGACAUGUUGCUUGGUGGGAAGUCGUUCCUUUCAAUGUGUACCUUAAUUUGGCGGCUAACAUGUGGGCCAACUUGCUAUCAUACCAGCAUGUCAACCACUAAAGUCAAGGUGUAUCCCAAUGGGAAGGGGGGGCGAGAUUCGGCUUGGACUAUGAUUAUGGUUUAUAUCUCAUGGUUGUGGUUGAUUUAUCAGGUCAUUUAGUGGUGAAGAAAUUUGGCAUUGACGGAUCAAAAUUAGGCCCAUCUCGACGAGCCAAUUUGUGGUAAUAAUGUUUGACCUAUCUCAAACCUCAAACUUCUAUUGAAGUCACCACUAACCGCCGAAUUUUCCGCCCAUUAGUGGUGUUCUUGCCACUGAUGGCUCAUUGGUUGCCGGUCACAAAUUUUCGGCUACUAAUGGUUGCUUUUGUAGUAGUGACUCUUCACUAAUGCAAGCAUGCAGCCAAACCAGUUGUCAUCUCUUUAGGACAUGGAUCACUAGAUAGGCAACCAACCACUAGACCUAGUGGGCACUGGACUUGGCUUGGCUCCAUGAGGCCUGGGUGCAACGAUUUUCCAAGAAGCAUCAUGGGUUUUGGCGGCGGAUAUCCGAAAAGACCAUGACACUGAAGUGGUGCCACCACCUAAUUUGGCGAGUCGGGCUAGGGUUUUCAGACAGGUUCGAGGAAGAAAGACCAAAAUGAUGUCUCCAAUGAAGGACUUGAUGUCCGCAAGCACCACUGUCAUCAAAGUCCGUCGUCAAGACGCGCUUUCGCUUAGUCCACAACUUUCCACGCGUAGUAGCUGAAUUACAUCCGUUUUUGCAGAACCACCAUCCUAGAGAUCACCAUGGGUCAGACCCAAAAAAGCUCUAGAUUAUACCUAUCGGCCCAUCCAUCUUCUUCCAUCAACUCGCCCACCUUACAGCCAAGAAGAACGACAUCGUCCGUGAGCACCACCUACCAAGCGGAAUAUGACAAUCAUCAACCGCCAGAUGAGGGUACCACCCCGGCUAUUGUACCAUCGUCGUCGUCGGUAAGCCACCACAGUGGAGGGGGGGGGGGGCGAUGAGAGCCCCACCGAUGUCAUCCACCAUAAGUGAGUAUUUGACAGAAACGGAACUAUCACAAUUGGGGUUCGCGUCCCACAAAACUACAACUUCCAAAAUUUUGACAAACUACCACUUUUUUGUAAUUCGUCCCUAAAAACUAUAACUUUCGGUUGAUGACCGUUUUAGCUGAUUUAAACACGUUUAUGACAAGUGGGACCAUAAGUCCAAAGACUGGGACAUCUCCCGGCAAUGGCCGAGGUGCUUGGAUGCGACAUAAAUACAACACAACGGGAGAUCAGGGAUAGCUUGUGUCAUCGCCAUUUACCGCGAGGCUUGGGGAGGUGGCUAGGGUUGAAAGAAAGAGUAGAGGCGACUAGCACUUGUCGGUUAUACCGAAUCAAUUCAAAAGUCUAUUGAAGGUUUCACUUUGGAAGUUUAUUAGAACCAUUUGAGAUUUUUCUUGUGUCUUGAAUGGUUUAUGGAUCAUUUGAAUUUUGAAGAUUUUCGUAAUCAUCAGCGUUGCAUUGCGUGUGAGAAGAGAAAAUGGAAAGGUCAGGGGAACGGUUGGGAUGUCCACGUGGCCCAAGAGAGUGUGCACACCCACCAUCAUAGACGUGCAGGUGCAGAAUCGUCCCGAAAGGCAACCAAAUCUUUCUAGAUAAAACGCCAAAUUUUAUGAUAAUAUAUAGACCACGAGCGUACUCCACAGGUGCGGCAACAAAAAAAAACCCACUGUCGAGUCGCGACUCAGCUACGGGGAGGAGACUUUACACAGCUGCGGCAAAGCUGGCGCGUCGCAACUGCCACACAGGCGUCCCAUCAACUGUCACGGUGCCGUACGUCCUGCACUGCCCACCCAACCGGCCAACCCCCUCACCCGAACCCCGCCAUGCUCAGCGCACGGCUUAUAACCAGGAGGCAGGCAACCAACCGCGCAGAAACCGGCCUAGCUCGAGCCAACCAGCCAUGCCUCCCCUCUACCGCCACCAUCACGGCCAUGUCAUCGUCCUGCUCGUCGUCCUCUUCGCUGCCGCUUCCCAUGGCGCUCCAGCCGGUGGCGCUUACGACGGCCCGACGUGCCAGUUCGAGCCUUCCAGCUGCGGCGAUCUCACUGUCCGGUACCCGUUCCGUCUUUACAACGGGACAGAGAACGCACUGGCGGCGUACGGCGAACCGCAGUCGUCGUACUGCGGCUACCCCGGCCUGGGCAUCGUCUGCUACGACGACAAGCCCACCCUCCUCCUCGGGGGCCACGACUACACGGUCUCGGGCAUCAACUACACCAGCCUCACCGUGUCCCUCGCCGAUGCCGAUGCCCUCGGCGACGACACCUGCCCCAUGAUCGAUCACAACGUCACCGUCCCGAAGCAGUUCCAUCUGCCCACCUCCACCGUCGCCUACCUCUUCUUCUUCCUCAACUGCACCUUCCUGCCGGACGCCGAUGUCAUUCCCAGGCCAUUGCGCAAGCCGCCGAGCAUCAAGCCGGUCACCUGCAGGGGCUCCGGAGAAGAGCCCGCCAUGUCCUUCGUGCUGCCGGAGCGCGAGAUCCCUCCCAAGGACUGGUGGCAGGCGUGCCGGUCAGUCUACGCAGCCCCGGUGCUCAAGGACGCCCUCCCGGCCGACGCCACGGACCCCGGAUGGAGGGAAGACGGGUACGCGAAGGCUCUCCGCGGCGGGUUCCAGGUGGGCUGGGACCGGAGCUCCGGCCCGUGCGGCCAGUGCGAGCAAUCCGGCGGCAGGUGCGGCUACAACCGCACCGCCGGGUUCCUGGGCUGCUUCUGCGCCGACGCCGAUGGCGCCCUGGUAGCGGGCAACGCCGCCGGCUGCAGCAAGAUAUCUGACACCACAGCGCCAUUGCCCGGAUCGAAGAGCAGAAAUAAGAUGGUUAUACCAGGUGUAGUGGCCGGUGUUGCCGCAGGCUUGCUUGCUCUUGCCGUGAUAGCUUUUUUGUUCAUUCGCAAGAGAAGGCAGAGGAAGGUUGUGAACUCGUCGUCGAAGCUCCUCAAGUACAGGUACAGCGGCUCCGGCGGGACCCCGACGCGCUCCAGGGGCGGCGACAUGGAGUCCGGCAGCAGCCAGGACAUGGGCAACCGGUUCAGCUACGAGGAGCUCGAGGAGGCCACCGAUUCCUUCAACGAGAACAGAGAGCUCGGCGACGGCGGCUUUGGCACCGUCUACAAAGGGUACCUUGGGGACGGGCGGGUGGUGGCGGUGAAGCGGCUGUACAACAACAGCUACCGGCGCGUGGAGCAGUUCGUGAACGAGGCGGCGAUCCUGGCCCGGCUGCGGCACCCGAACCUGGUCAUGUUCUACGGCUGCACCUCCAAGGAGAGCCGCGAGCUGCUCCUGGUCUACGAGUUCGUCCAGAACGGGACGGUGGCCGACCACCUGCACGGGCCCCGCGCGGCGGAGCGCGCCCUGCCGUGGCCGCUCCGCCUCAGCAUCGCCGUGGAGUCCGCGGCGGCGCUGACCUACCUCCACGCCAUUGAGCCGCCCAUCGUGCACCGCGACGUCAAGACAAACAACAUCCUCCUGGACACCGACUUCCACGUCAAGGUCGCCGACUUCGGCCUCUCCCGCCUCUUCCCGCUCGACGCCACGCACGUCUCCACCGCCCCCCAGGGCACCCCAGGGUACGUGGACCCGGAGUACCACCAGUGCUACCAGCUGACGGACAAGAGCGACGUGUACAGCUUCGGCGUGGUGCUGGUGGAGCUCAUCUCGUCCAAGCCCGCCGUGGACAUCACCCGGCAGAGGAACGAGAUCAACCUGGCCGGCAUGGCCAUCAGCAAGAUCCAGAAGUGCCGGCUGGAGGAGCUGGUGGACGUGGAGCUGGGAUACGAGUCGGACCCGGCGGCGAGGAAGAUGAUGACCAUGGUGGCGGAGCUGGCGUUCCGGUGCCUGCAGCAGAACGGCGAGAUGCGCCCGCCGAUAAGGGAGGUGCUGGACGUGCUCAGGGCCAUCCAGGAUGAGUGCCUGGGUCACAAAGACGGUGGAGGCAAAGGCAAGAAGGACUUUGCCGAGCCCAUCUCCCCCAACACGGUGCACGCUCCCUGGGACAGCAGGACCACCACCCCUAACACCAGCCAGUAGUAGAUUAGAUCAGUGUUUGCGGCCGGCCGAGUUUUAUUUCAUCGCUGUUGAGAGAUUUGCUUGCCGUGUAUGAUGAGCGAUCCGACGAUUCUUUUUUGUCCCUUCCAGGUGAUGUAAAUAUGUGUUUGGUUUUUUAAACUGCCACAGUAGAGACAGUACUGUACAUAGUGCAUACGUACAUUGGAGUGGAGUGCUGAACUGGGUAUAUGAUACAUAUGAUUACAUAGGUUUUUACCA